AUGGGCAGGACAGACGGAAGACGAUCAGGCGAGCUCCGCCCUCUGCACGUCACCCUUGGCGAGCUGGACCGCGCCGACGGCUCGGGACGCUUUGCAUUCGGCCCCGUCGCCGCCCUCGCAUCCUUCACCGGCCCCAUCGAAGUCCGCCUGCGGGACGAACGCGUCGACCGCGCGACUCUCGAGGUCGUCCAUCGCCCGCUCGAAGGUGUGGGCUCCACUGCCUCGCGCGCGCUCGUCACCACCCUCGAAGCCGUGUUCGCUCCCUUGCUCCAGCUGAACGCGUUCCCGCGCUCGCUGUGCCAGAUUGUCGUGCAGUCGCUCUCGCCCGCACCGCCUGCAUGGCCGAAGAGGGUGGACACGGACGAGAGCCACGCCGCCUCGUGGCCGCCAAGUGCGUUCCCCGCCGUCGAGACGGACGCCGCGCCGCUCGGCGGCAGCACGUUCGGGUCGCGCGCCGCUGCCAUCAACGCCGCGACGCUCGCGAGCUUGCAUGCGGGCUCUAACGGUCUCCGUGCUGUGCCCCUUGCCGUUGCGAUCGCGCUUGUGGACGACCACACGCUGGUCGACCCCACGGCGGAGGAGGAGGCCGCUGCGCGCGCGCGGUUCGGGUUCGGAUGGGCGUUCGGUACCGGGAUCUCGGGCGCCGGCGUGAGGGAUAGCAUGGACGACGGCGAGGUCGAGACCGAGCUGGUGUGGGCGGAGGCCGAGGGAGAGUUUACCCGCGACGAGUUCAACGACGCACGCGACGAGAGCCUGGCGGCUGCCCGUGAAAUCCUCGACUUUGCAAAGGACGAGCUCGAGGCCUUCUUCGCUUCGAGGCAGUAA